AUGCAGGCACAGCGGAUGUGGUUGAUGUGCUCCGUCGAUUACUCGACCGGCAGAGACGACUCCAACACUGCCUCCGCCUGGUUGGGACAGCUUUGGAAGAAUGCCUAUGUUGGGUACCAAGAGGAAUUUAUGCUCGUCCGUUCAAUGCUGCCACCAUGGAAGUCCGUCUCUGGGGUGUCAUUAGCCGCGAGGCUGCCCAAGGAUCGGCACCGACUUCCUCGGUCAACACAGGACUACCUGCGCCGCAAGCUGUCCUUCUCCAGCCUGAUCUGCCCCCGACUCUGGAAGUCCUGCUCUCGGCCUUCCCAGGUGUGGAGGAACAUGUGGUGGCUGGCUAUAGAAGGAGGGGGUGGAGGGUACACGUUGAGCAAUUGUACCUGGCCUCCGGCAGACGCUGUCCAAGGGGCAACUGGCCCGCUGAAGAUGACAGAGAGCUGUACUUCGUACAGACAAAUGAAGACACAGUCAUCCCCAACUUGCCUCAGCAUGUUCCUCUUCCAGAAGAUCCACUCCUUCACCGCCAAGUACGGGGAGUUGCUGCUCGGCGCCGUCUUCUCCGCGCACGACCUGUUCCCGCCUAUGGCCUUGUGGCUGCACGACGAGUACCAGUGGGACAACUGGAGGAGGAUGACGCGGCAGAGUCUGAGCAGAGUUCACGUUGGCGGGGUGUGGCAACAAGUUCGUCAGCACGCCGAGAGCCCAGAAUGGAUCGUAGCCGCAGCCGUGAUGAACGCGACGGUCAUGAAGGACAUGGCGAUGGUCACGAAGGACAUGAUGAACGUGAGGGACAAGAUGGACGUGCUGGAGGUGAAGAAGGAGGCGGACGUGCAGAACAUGACGACGAGCAAGUACGUAGAGACGGUCGCCGACGAGCGGCUGUUUGAGCAGGUCUACUUGCAGUACACCUCAGAGUACCUGAAGGGUCCUCUCUACUGGCAUCCGGACAAGCUGCAGGGAUGGCUCCCUGACUACCCGGGUACGCCUAUGAUCAAGGAGGGCAAGUACACGAGCCAUGUGAUCGGAAACCUCAAGGCGUUCAGCUCGAACGAGCUUGCCUUCUUGUCCAUGCUCUUCUUUGGCGUCGGCCUCUAUGGCAACCUGCAGUUCAACUUCUAUGACCCGCAGUGGGCCAAGGUGGAUGCUGGCGGCUUCUUCAAUGUGUCUUACAUCGUGGAGUCCUUCUUGCUUCCCAUCUCGUUCUUCAUGCACAUUGCGUGCUACAUCCAGAGGCAGAACGGGAAGUGA